AUGUUGUCCGUGCAUCCGGCAGACGCAUUAGCAUAUGCCGCUGUGUUUGAAGAUGCGGCCGAAGAAUUGCAUAUUCUUGGUAAAAUUAUGCCAGCAAAUUAUCAGUAUACAGAAGAAGCAGAUGAGAUUGUUCGAAAUCAACUUCAACGGGUUAUGAGUGCUCAGCAGAAAGUUGAGGAUGAUUAUGAUAAUCAAAUAUCUGCUCGAAGUCAGAAAAAACUUGAAACAUUAAAACAACCAACUGGUAAUGAAAGUCAAAAAUUAAUGGACGAACUGAGUAAUGAAUUAAAAAAAACUACAGCUGAUUUGAAAACAGGUGUAAACAAAAUUAAUCGUAUGUUUAAUCAAAAUCCUCUGACUGCUGACAAUAUGAGAAAACUCGAACAAGACAGAGGAUAUUUCGAAAAAUUGUUAAUAAAAGCAAUUCAUGUCUUGUUGAAUCAGCAAUCAAUCGAGCCACUUGCAGCAAUGGUCGAAAAAGAACAAGAGUCGAAAAUGAAUUUCUUAAAUGUUGUUCGAAAUGAAGAAGCUAGUCGACAACGAAUAAAAGAUUUGACACAAGCCAUACAAGAUGUACGUAAUGAAAAGCAAAUUGAAUUACAACGUCGAGCUGAAGUUAUUGCAUAUCAAAAAGAUCAGUUACAAGAAGCAAAAGCUAAAGCACAAUUAGAAAUAACAUAUGAGAAAAAAAAAUGUGAAAAUCAUCUUGAACAAAUAAAAGAAAAAUGUUUCAUUGCCGAAACAGAUAUGAGACAUGAACAGGAUAUUUUGGAAAAUCGUUAUGAGGACGAAAUGAAAUGUAAUGGUGAAACCGAAAACUUUCUUCGAUCGUAUAUCAAAGAGACAUCACAAAAAACCGAAGAAUGGUUGGAAAAAUAUAAUCAAGAAACUGCUACUUUACAAACAGAAUUGGAUAAAUUGAAAAAUGCUCGAGCGAUUGAUCUUACCACGUAUCAGAAAAUCGCUGCUGACUUUACCGAAUAUGAACAAGUUGUGAGAGAUGAUCGUGCAGCUAAAGAACGAAGACGUCGUAUUGCUGAGAGAGAGCUACAACAAAUGAAUGCUGCUACGAAGAUCCAAAGUUGGUGGAGAGGAAUUAAUUCAUAUUAUUUGCUGAACAUUGAUGAUAAUUUGAAUGAUACCCAAUCAUCGUCAGUGAUAUGUGAUAAUUUGCUAACUGAACAACAAACCUAUCGAAUACCACGACAAUGUUUAACUCAUUUUUAUUGUGAUUCAUCUAAAUGUGAUGAUCAACAAUUUCGUUGCGUUAAAUUACGUGAAUCAUUAUGUUGUCUAUAUAAAUAUUUCACAAAAAACUGUCGUCUAAAUACGAUUAAAGAAAAUUUUCGAUACAUCUAUUUUCAGUUAUCAAUUCAACACGGAUAUUGUGAAAUUAACUUGGAACGUAUUGAGAACACUGAUGAGACAUACUGUAUAGCAGAAGACGAUUUUCGACAACUACAAACCACAACACCUUUUUAUCGACAUUAUGAUUAUCUCAAACCUCAUACAAAACACACUUAUCAGCAACAUCCUCGAGUUUUAAAAACAGCAAAACAUUAUAGACGAAAACAACAUACAGCUGCGCGAUAUAAUCAUUCGAACAACGACUAUUAUCCAAGAAAAACAGCGUUCCAUAAUCUCAGUGUAUCAGUAACAAUAAGAAAAGCAUCGUUAUUUGCUGUUUCAAACGUAUCGAUUACACGCUCAUUAGCCACAAAAUCCAAACACAAAGUGUUAACUGUAUUGUACGAAGGUGGUGAAGCUGGAAAACGAAAUAAAAACAUCCUUGGAUGUGUUGAAAAUGCAUUGGGAUUACGAGAAUGGAUCAAAGAAAAUAAUUUAGAAAAUCAGCUAGAACUUAUUGUGACAUCGGAUAAGGAAGGAGAUAAGUCUGUUGUCGAACAGCAUUUACCGACAGCAAGUGUUGUUAUCAGUCAACCAUUCUGGCCAUGUUACUUGGAUGAAAAACGGAUACAAAAGGCAAAAAAUUUGAAAUUAGCCAUUACAGCAGGUGUUGGCAGUGAUCAUGUUAAUUUGGAAGCUGCAUGCAAAGCUGGAAUUACUGUCGCUGAAGUAUCAGGGAGUAAUGUAGUCUCAGUUGCAGAACAUAUAGUUAUGCAAAUACUUGCAUUAGUCAGAAAUUAUAUUCCGGCAUAUAAGCAAGUCAUCAAUGGUGAAUGGGACAUUGCUGCUAUAGUUGAUCGUGCUUACGAUUUGGAGAAUAAACAUGUUGGUACAGUGGCAGCUGGAAGAAUUGGAUUCAGAGUUUUACAACGAUUAAAACCAUUCGAUGUUCAUUUACAUUAUUAUGACAAAUUUCGUUUACCAGAAAAAGUAGAGAAAGAAUUGAACGUUACGUAUCAUCCGAGUGUAGAAUCAAUGGUUAAAGUAUGCGAUGUUGUUACGAUCAAUUGCCCAUUACAUCCAGAAACUGAACAUUUAUUCGAUGAAAAAAUGUUGAAGUUGAUGAAGAAAGGAAGUUAUCUUGUCAAUACAGCACGAGGAAAAAUCAUGAAAGCGGAUGCACUUGUUGACGCAAUCAAAUCAAACCAUUUGGCUGGUUAUGCUGGCGAUGUUUGGUAUCCACAACCAGCAGCAAAAAAUCAUCCGUGGCGAUCAAUGCCAAAUCAUGCAUUAACACCACAUUAUUCCGGUACUACAUUAGAUGCUCAAAAACGCUAUGCAGCUGGCGCAAGGGAAUUGUUAGGAAAUUGGUUAAAUGGUAAACCACAGCGUGAAGAAUAUUUAAUUGUCGAUAAAGGAGAAGUGGUCAGUCGAGCGUAUACCUCUGGUGAUGCCACAAAAGGAAAUUCAGACACAAAAGCUUAA